GCUCGCGUCAGCGAAUCCUCUGAGCUCUACUGUUUUUGUGAAAACUUCCUUCUUCGGGUCGAAGAAAGCAAACAAGCAGGCUGCUAAUAUUAGCCGCCCGGUAGUUACAUCUAUCAGCAAACAAUCCUAAACAAAUUGAAGACGGAAAUAAUAGCAGCGUCUCUGUGUGAUUGGCGGGGCCCUUCCCGUGAUCGACGCCUUGGCCCGCUGCUGCUUUUUUCUCACCCUGAGCGAGGCUGCCCACGAGGAUGACAAUGGAAGAGAUGAAGAAUGAAGCUGAGACAAACUCCAUGGUUUCCAUGACGCUCUACGCGGUCAUGUAUCCAGUUUUCAACGAGCUGGAGAGGGUAAACCUGUCUGCGGCACAGACACUGCGUGCUGCCUUCAUCAAGGCGGAGAAGGAGAACCCGGGCCUGACUCAGGACAUCAUCAUGAAGAUCCUGGAGAAGAAGAACGUGGAGGUGAACUUCACAGAGUCCCUGCUACGAAUGGCUGCUGACGACGUGGAGGAGUACAUGAUUGACAGGCCGGAGCAGGAGUUCCAGGACCUGAACGAGAAGGCCCGGGCCCUGAAGCAGAUCCUGAGCAAAAUCCCCGACGAGAUCAACGACAGAGUGCGCUUCCUGCAGACCAUCAAAGACAUCGCCAGUGCCAUUAAGGAGCUGUUGGACACGGUGAACAUCGUGUUCAAGAAGUACCAGUACCAGAACCGCAGAGCCCUGGAACACCAGAAGAAGGAGUUCGUGAAGUACUCCAAGAGCUUCAGCGACACCCUGAAGACCUACUUCAAAGACGGAAAGGCGAUAAACGUCUUCAUCAGUGCCAACAGACUCAUCCACCAAACCAACUUGAUACUGCAGACCUUCAAAACCGUGGCCUAGAGGAGCCUCCCGCCCCUAUCGCACGCAGACAGGCGACGGGCCGCCCCCUCUCUGUGUAAAAUGUAAAGUUUGUUUUCUUCAUGGGACUGUAAUUUAUGAAACCUUGCUUAGUUUGGGAAGACCGGAAGCGAGUCGGUUCGGAGGGAACACUCGUUCGGGGUCUGAAUCAUGGCUGCAAUCUCCACACACACACACACACUUCUCUUCACUUUUUUAUUUUCUUUUCCUUUUCUGGUGUCGCGAUCAAAAGCAAGCCAGGCUAUUUUUUUUGCGCGCCUUAACAAGUGUCACGUAACAUUCCGUAUAAAAAGUGUAAAUAUGCGUUUCCUGUUCCUGAAACCCCCCAGUUAAAGAAGGACGGGAAAAAGGCAAGUUAUGUAUUUAACAAAUAUCUUGUGGCAAAUGUUGUAAUAAAUAGUUUGCAUAUAUUGAAA